AAGAUAGUGAUAUUGAAUCUUUUAUGUUGUACACGAUUUUGGUUUAGCGGCAAGCCCUCAAUAGUACAUAUAGUGUAACAAAUUGUGACAUGGUAAUCGGCAAAAUCAGAAGAAUUAUCUGUUGAAAUAAAAUAAUACAGAUGCGUCAUGGCUGAUUCAUCUUAUGAAAAAGGACUCACGGAACUUUCAAAGAUGAAGGUUGCGGAUUUGAAGAUCGAAUUGAAACAGAGGGGACUUCCCACCAGUGGUAACAAAACUGAAUUAGUCGAGAGGCUUCAGUUAGCAAUUCAUGGUGAUUCUGCAUUAUCUUUGGACGAAACAACAGAAGAAAUUUUAGAUGAAGACGCUGUUCUUGGGGAUGAAGAAAUAGAAGAGUUAUCGAGUAAACCAGAUUCUCAAGAAGUUAUUGAGAAUAGGAAAUUAUCCAUAGAAAGUAAUGUGAGUGCAAAGAAAAUAGUUUUAAACCGUAAACCAGUAAUCGAAGAAGCUAAAAAUGAACCAACCGAGAAAGUUGAGACUGAGAUAAAAAUAAUAGAUACAGCACCACCUGAAAGGAAAAUGAUUAAAUUAUCAGAUCUUGGCGAUAAAGAGAGGUUGGAGAUGAGGGCUAAAAAAUUUGGAGUGCCACUCUCAGAAGCUGCCAAGAAAGUAGCCAGAUCUGCCAGAUUCAGUAUUAAUAAUCAAAACAAUAAGUCUGCUGCUUCUGUAAAAACACCUGUGCACACAACAUACGACGUUUUAAAGAAACGAGCAGAAAGGUUUGGCACGUCUGUAUCUACUUUGAUGGAAAAGGCCGAAUUAGAAGCCAGAAUAGAAAAACGGAAAGCCAGAUUUGGUGAAGUGAAACCCGCCGCGGAAAAAAUACUUCAAAGUAAAGCUAAGAGUGAAUGAUAUUCUGUGUUAUAUACCAAAACAGCAACUUAGAUUGCAAAUCUUAUUCUAAGUUUUCUUAUUUUCAGUACAAUUAUUGUAUACAUAAUAAAAGAUCAUUGUAUUUGUUAUAAAAUA